AUGGAACGGGGACCACUGGGUCAGUGGGGUCCGCGUUUGCGACGCCUUGUAACAGUUCGCAUUUUGCUUAAUACAACUUUAGUUAAGGGUUCAAAAUCACUAGUAUCCAAGAAAAUAAUCUGGAAUUUCAUUAAACUCGUUGAACGUAAAAGGUCGGCCAAAAAGAAAAAAAUCCCAAUAAUGGCAGAAGGCAUAGCAUAUUCCGUUCUUGGAAAGCUUGCGGGAUACGCAGUUGAUCCAGUUUUGAACCAAAUCAAGUGCUUGUUAUUCUACAGUAACAUGCAGAAUUUGCAGGAUAAAGUUAAAGAUCUUGUAUGGAUGAGAGAUCGAGUGAAGGAUAAAGUAAAAGCAGACGAUAAAAAUGGUAAAAUCACUGGGGAAGAAGUUCAAUCGUGGUUGGAAAAAGUCAAUGUCUUAGAGAAUAAAGCGGACGAAGUUUUGAAGGACGUGGAUAGUUCUGAAGUGCGGUGUCUGUUCAAUGGAUGUCAAAAUUUGAUGUCUCGUUACUUCUUAAGCAGGACAGCCUUAAAGAUUAUUGUUGAGGCUGAUAAGCUUAUCAAGGCUAUUAAGCUUAAAGUGGAGGACAGAUUCUGGAAGCUGAGCUCUAGUCCACCGCCGAACCAAUUGCUGAAUGUUGGUUUCCAUGAUGGUUUCGGAACAAGGUUAUUAAUUAAGAAGAAAAUCAUUGAAGCUCUAGAGGACAAAGAUAUAGGCAUAAUUGGGAUCUGUGGCAUGCCUGGAGUUGGUAAGACAACAAUGGCCAAAGAAAUAUGUAAAGAAGUUAAGGGUGAAUUAUUUGAGGAGGUUGCAUUUGCAGUUGUAUCUAAUAAUCCAGACAUUACCAAUAUUCAGGAUCAACUUGCUGAAGCACUUGGUCUAACAAUUGAAGAAAGGACAACUGAAGUUAGAGCUGGAGCACUUUAUGGAAGACUUGAACGUAACGUUGGCAAGAGGAUUCUUAUAAUAUUAGACGAUGUGUGGGAAGAAAUUGAUUUGGGAACUAUAGGAAUUCCAUCUCCACACGAUUGCGAAGGGUUGAAAAUUAUGUUUACAACGCGAAAUGAAAAAACGUGUUGUCAAAUGGAAUCCGAAAGGAAAUUCAAAAUCGAAGUUUUGGACGAAGUAGAAGGAUGGCAACUUUUCAAGGAUGCGGCUGGGAUUUCUGAUGAUAAAACCGAUUCCGAAAUCGUAACCUUAGCCAAAAAAGUUGCAGAUGAAUGUGGACGUCUACCUCUUGCACUUGUGGUUGUUGGCAAAGCAUUGAAAAGCGACAAAGCUGCAUAUAAAUGGAGAGAUGCACUUCGACAGCUACAGUCUUGUGCUACAUGUCUUGAUGGAAUGGAAAAAAUCGUGUACAAGAGUAUAAGAUUGAGCUAUGACCAUUUGGCAAGUAAUGAAGAGCGGAAGUUGCUUUUACUGUGUUCUCUAUUUGCUGAAGAUGAAAGUAUUCCGAUUGAAAAUUUGGUUAGAUAUGCAAAGGGGCUAGGUUUGUUUAAAAUCGAGACACUCCACGAAACUCAAGAUCGAGCAAAGACAAUUAUCGAUAAUCUCAAAAGUUGUAAUUUGUUGCAACCAGGCGACGUGGAUGACGAGGUGAAAUUGCAUGAUGUUAUCAGAGAUUUUUGCUUACAAAUGUCGACAACUGAUGGCAAAUACCUAGUGAAACAUGCUGGUUUGACAGAGUGGCCAGAACAUGAUGCUGAUGAAUUGUACAGUGCCAUCUCAAUUACAAUUGAUAAGCUGCGUCAGCUUCCCAGCGGAAUACAUUCUCAAUUAUCAAUGAUUGGGAGUCUAAAGAAGUUGGAAAUUCUCUCUUUCUAUCAUUCUUUUGGUGAUUAUUCUCCCAUUGAAUUCACGAAUCUUUGCAACCUAAGGUCACUUGAUUUGAGGUUCCGUGAGUUAUCCGGUCCACUUCUUCUUGGUGUUUUGUCGGGUAUGAAGAAACUAGAAGAGCUGUACUUGAAAUGUUUCAAUGCAAUAAAAGGUGAAGAUGCCAAGAUAUUUAAGAAUCUUGUGUGUGAGUUAGAAGGAAAUGGUUUCAUUAACUUGAAAACACUGAUUCUAUCACAUGGAGAUUUCGAGUAUCUUAUUGAUGCCACCAACACUAUUCCAGGUGGCACAUUCGGUAAAUUAGAGUUUCUUGAAUUGAAUAAAUUACCCAAGUUAAGAGAGAUAUGCAAUGGAAAUAUUCCAAGGGUUGUCAUCGAACCGUCAUGGUUUUGUAACCUUCUGACAGUCAAUAUCUUCGAUUGUGAAUCAAUUACAAGCUUGUUUCAGGAGUCAGUUGCAAAAUGCUUGGUAAAUCUCCAAAGUCUAACUAUAUCGUCAUGUCAGAUGUUAGAAGUUGUUUCAACGGAUGCACGAGAAAAUGAAGUUAUCAAAACUUGUGAAAUGCUUGUGUUUCCAAAACUGAAAAUUGUCGACCUAAAAUCAUUGAGUAGAUUUAAGAGCUUCACAUCUCAAUCAAAUAGCGAUGUUAGUCAUGCAUUGUUCAACCAGGUCAACUUUCCUAACAUGGAGUGGUUUAGAGUUGAUGACUUGGGUUGUAUAGUAACGCUACUAGGCAAGGAAAUGCAAGUACAAUCUCUGCAUAAACUAGCACUCAUAGCAGUGUUCGGUUGUUCUAAAUUGCUGGCCAUUGCAGAAUCUGAUUCAAUUCAGUUACUGCAAAAUCUUGAGAGACUUACGGUGUGGAAAUGUAAUGCACUUGACGUAUUGUUUGACUUUGAGGGUAUAAAGGUCACUAAUGAUGAUGAAGAAAUUGAUAUGCUUGGUCGAUUGAUAAAGUUGUGGCUGAAGGCACUACCAAAAUUGGUGCAUAUUACAAGGAUGGUUCCAAAAAAAAUUUGUGUCUUCCAAAAUUUGACGACUCUUAAUGUUGCAAAUUGUAAUAGCUUAAAAUGA